AUGAUUCCAAGUGAAUUAAAGCGCACGGACGAUUGGAGACCGCAACUCUCUGGUCGAUCCCCGGCUGAUUCGGUUCAAAAAACCAAAUUUAAAAUCCAAACUCCAAGUCUGACUUCUGAAUUCGCUAGUCAACAUAAAUAUUUUCACCAUUCUGUUAAAUUGCAGAGUUCAAUGAAGAACGGAAUUCUCAAAAACGAUGAGGUGACGCUAAGGGAAUUGGUGAAGAAAUGCUUUCCAAAGAAUGGCCAUAUUCUUGACGAUUUGAUCUCUGCAAAAUCGGAAGUUUUGGAAAACGCGAAAUCGUUUUGGUCACUGAUUGCGAAAGUGACGUUGGAAUGGAGAGAAGACUCGAAAGUCGAGAAUUUACCGAAAACUUUGAUCAUCAAGUUUCCCGUGUUGACUGAUAAUGUGCUCGCAGCGGGAAUCCCACUCGGAAUCGAUCAUUUAAAAAAAGAACUUCACGAGCUCACCGAACGAGAGGUGACUUUCUAUGAGAAGUUGGGAAAUGAUGAAAUUCCUCACUUCCCACUACCACAUUUCUAUUAUGGGGAGAUUCUGGAUGAAGAGGAUGAAGAGAACGAAAAGGGGAUCUUGGUUUUAGAAGAUGUGGGAACAAGCACGCAUGCAGCUCAUCACAUACCUGGAUUGAGUGUACAACAAGUUGAACUCUUGGUCGAUGCGCUAGCCGGUCUGCAUCAUUACACCAUCACUUCACCAAAGAAUUGGGCAAAUCAUUCGAAAUUUCAAGAGGGAAUCGUCGAAGAGAACUUUCAACAAGAACAAGUUUGGCUAAAUUUGACUCCAAAACGUUUGUUGCUUUAUUUUGAAACGACAAUUCGUUUGGAAGAGAUUUGUCCUGAACGCUUCAAGGGGAAAAUCGAUCAGAUCAAGCUGCACUUCGACUACAAAAAAGGUGUCCGAGCAGAGCAAUCGUUCAAGGAAUUGGAAAUGGCUCCCGUACUUUGCCAUGCUGAUCUCAAUGUAACGAACAUUUUGUGGGACUCAAACGCAUCAGCAGAACAUCCAAAACUCCACUCCAUCAUUGACUUUCAACGUUUCCAUUUGGCAAAAGAACGAAAAGACAAUACACAAAGGCUUUUGUACAGAUAUUUCGAAACACUGACCGAUCUAUUUGACGGACAUCCACCGUAUCCAGUUGAAAAGGUAGAAGAAGCUUUGAUCACCAUUUUCCCGUAUGCGGCAAACUUCGUUCUCUUUGCCAUUGUUGUCUACUAUGACAUGUAUGAGACAUUGGAAAAAGAUGAGCAAAAACGGAAAGAGAUUCGAGAAGAAUUACUAGCAAGAGCAGAAGGGAUCGUCGAUGAUCUCAUCGAUAUGGUUGAUCCAGAUAAAAUCUUGAGGAGAAGAGAG